AUGGAUAACGAGUAUUCAUUGAAGGUGGACCCUGUCCCCAAUGUGACUAUCAAGCGCGGCCCUUUAAGAUCAUUCCUCGUGACAAGGCCUUCCGAGAACUUGAGUUCAUUGAGAACGAUCACUUCAUCCAAGGAGAAGCUUUUGGUCGCUGUCCUUCUAAUAUUCACUGCCUCUGUUAGACUGCACAAUAUCUCUCUGCCAAGUAGUGUAGUAUUUGGUGAAAACGAAGUUGGUACUUUUGUAUCUCAAUAUGUGAAUAAUAUUUUCUUUACUGAUGUUCAUCCUCCUUUAGCUACAAUGCUAUAUGCUGGUAUAGCAUCCGUUUUGAGAUUCAAAGGAAAUUUGUGUUACUCAAAUAUUGGAGCUGAAUACCCUGCAGAUGUACCAUACGUUGCAAUGAGGUUCUUUUCUGCCACUUUGGGUAUUCUUUCCGUUCUGCUAUUAUAUUUAACGCUACGAGUUUCUGGUGUAAAGAUUGCUAUUGGCGCAAUUUGCACUGUAUGUUUUGCAAUUGAGAACUCUUUUGUGACUUUGUCUCGUUUCACGUUAAUAGAAGGACCUUUUGUCUUUUUUAUUGCUUGUGCUGUUUAUUUCUUUAGGAGAUCAGAACUUUAUUCUCCAAAUUCAUUUAAAGCAAACAAAUCGUUGAUCGCUGCGAGUAUUGCCAUGGGAUUCGCAGUCUCUUCAAAAUGGGCUGGUCUCUUCACUAUUGCCUGGGCUGGUAUCAUCGUUCUUUGGAGAGUAUGGUUUAUGAUUGGUGAUUUGUCAAAGCCUAUUGGUUCUUCUAUCAAAUUUAUGAUAUUCCAAAUUACAUGUUUACUAGGUAUUCCUAUUAUCAUAUAUUUUGUGGUUUUUAGCAUACAUAUCAAGACAGUGAGCAUAAAUGGUGUUAGCAGUAGUUUCUUUCCUGCUGAGUUUAGAAAAACCUUAAAAUACAAUAAUGUGCUCAAAGAGACUGUAGCCGAAGUGGGUGUAGGUUCUUCUGUUUCAUUAAGUCAUGUGGGAACAGCAGGCGGUUACUUGCACUCUCACCUUUACAAUUACCCAGCUGGUUCCAUGCAACAACAGGUUACCUUGUAUCCCCAUAUUGACCAGAAUAACAGGUGGAUUAUUGAGUUAGCUGAACAUCCAAAUGAAAACGUCACGAGUUUUCAAAAUCUGACAGAUGGUACCGUAAUAAGGCUGAGACAUCUUAGAAACGGCUGUAGACUACACUCUCAUGAUCACAAGCCUCCGGUCUCCCAAAGUGCAGAUUGGCAAAAGGAAGUGUCUUGUUACGGUUACGAAGAUUUUGAAGGUGAUAUAAACGAUGAUUGGAUCAUUGAAAUCGAUGAAAAAAGGUCAGCACCGGGGCCUGCUCGGGAUCAUAUCAGGGCCAUUGAAACGAAAUUUAGGUUAAAACAUUACCUCACUGGUUGCUAUUUAUUUUCACAUCCUGAAAAACUACCAGAGUGGGGAUUUGGACAGCAAGAAGUUACAUGUGCAUACUUUGCGAGGGAAGACUUAACUCCAUGGUACAUCGAAGAAAACGAUAACGAGGCACCUCCACCAAAUCCAGAGAAGGUCUCUUAUAAAGAAAUGAGCUUUUGGCAAAAGUUUGUUGCUAUUCACAAAUUCAUGUUGUAUCUAGACGAUAAUAUGGAUACUAGUCAUGCCUACUCAUCUGAACCAAAAACUUGGCCCUUGAUGUUGCGUGGUAUUGAUUUUUGGAAUGAGAACGGUAAAGAAGCGUACUUCCUAGGUAAUGCGGUCUUGUGGUGGUCCGUCACUGCGUUGAUCUGUACUUUCGUUAUUGGAAUAGCAGUUGAACUUCUCGCGUGGAAGCUAGGUGCAAAUAUCUUGAAGGACAGAUAUAUUAUAAACUUCCACUACCAGGUCAUUCAAUACAUGCUAGGUUUUGCCGCCCAUUAUUUCCCCUACUUCUUUGUGGGACAAAAGUUAUUUAUCUAUGACUAUUUGCCAGCCUACUAUUUCGGUAUUCUAGCAUUUGGCCACGCCUUAGACCUAGUUUCAACCCAUAUUGUUAAAAAAAAAAAUAGAUUUGGAUAUGCCUUCGCCAUUAUUUUUAUGGUCGCGUGUUUCUAUUUCUUUAGUGAGCAUUCCCCGUUGAUUUAUGCUACUGAAUGGACAAGCAAUUUAUGCAAGAGAUCGAAGUGGUUAGGAAGCUGGGACUUUAGUUGUAAUUCAUUGUUACUUACUGAUAGCCACUAUGAAUUAACGACUGAAUAA